CUGCACACCUGGGGGGUUCACCUGCACACCUGGGGGGGUUCACCUGUACGCCUGGGGGGGUCACCUGCACACCGGGGGGGGUCACCUGCACACAGGGGGUCACCUGUACACCACAGUUAAACCUGAGAAGCUGUCUCACCUGUCGCUCACCUGUCUCUCUGUCUCUCACCUGUUUCAGGUACCUGGAGUUCAGCUCUGUGUCCCUCAAUCGGUCCAAACGGUUCUCAAAUCUGAUCCAUCGCUGCCUCAGCACCGUCCCGUCCCGCCUGUGUGUCCCCUUCAACCCCGCUGAGUUCUGGAGCUGCUACACCUUCCACAACAAGGUGGUAACGCUCUACCUGCGCUGUCUGCCGAAAUCCCAGCAUGCUCUUGUUCUGGAGAGACUAAGAUACGCCAUGCCCAACAACACUGAACUGGGUCUGAGGUUGCUGCAUCAGGAGUGGCAGGAUGGAAACAUGGAGCACCUGAAGUUCCAGGUCCGGAUGCUGAGCAGCCAUUCUCCCAAGUGCCUCGCCUACUGGAACAUAGCGAUAGCUGUGGAGAAGGAGCUGAAGCUAACUUCUGAGGUGCGACGUCUGUAUCAUCAAGCUCUGACCAACCUUCCUCUGUGUGCUGAGCUGUGGAAAGAUGUAAACACACACACACACACACACAGUGACUCACUUCCUGUGUCUCAUUCGAGUCGCAUGUUGAAAAUGUUUUAAACCAAACGUUAAUUGUCUCAAAAGUUUAUAGAGCUUUAUAGGUCUUUAGAGAUGCGAUGGUCUUUAGAGAUGCGAUGGUCUUUAGAGAUGCGAUGGUCUUUAGAGAUGCGAUGGUCUUUGGGGAUGCGAUGGUCUUUAGAGAUGCGAUGGUCUUUAGAGAUGCGAUGGUCUUUGGGGAUGCGAUGGUCUUUAGAGAUGCGAUGGUCUUUAGAGAUGCGAUGGUCUUUAGAGAUGCGAUGGUCUUUAGAGAUGCGAUGGUCUUUGGGGAUGCGAUGGUCUUUAGAGAUGCGAUGGUCUUUGGGGAUGCGAUGGUCUUUAGAGAUGCGAUGGUCUUUAGAGAUGAAAUGGACUUUGGGGAUGCGAUGGUCUUUAGAGAUGCGAUGGUCUUUAGAGAUGCGAUGGUCUUUAGGGAUGCGAUGGUCUUUAGAGAUGCGAUGGUCUUUAGGGAUGCGAUGGUCUUUAGAGAUGUGAUGGUCUUUAGAGAUGCGAUGGUCUUUAGAGAUGAGAUGGUCUUUAGAGAUGAGAUGGUCUUUAGAGAUGAGAUGGUCUUUAGAGAUGAGAU